AUAGCCCAUUUUUAACGAAACAAGCCACAGAGAGAGGAAAAAAUGGUUGCCGGCGGCACACCAGCCGUCGAAGCGCCGCCGCCGCCACAGACUUCGGAGGAGGAGGCGACCCCGCCGUACGGCUCUGUGGUCCUCGGAGGCACCUUCGACCGCCUCCACGACGGCCACCGCUGCCUUCUCAAGGCGUCGGCGGAUUUGGCGAGGGAACGGAUCGUGGUGGGCGUCUGCACGGGCCCUAUGCUCGCCAAGAAGGAGUAUGCCGAGCUGAUUGAGCCCGUGGAGAAGCGGAUCAAAGCCGUGGAGGAUUACAUCAAGUCUAUAAAGCCAGAACUGAUAGUACAAGUGGAGCCUAUUGAGGAUCCUUAUGGACCUUCCAUUACUGAUGAUAAGUUGGAUGCUAUUACUGUCAGUAAGGAGACACUAAAUGGUGGACUUGCCGUAAAUAGAAAAAGAGAAGAGAAAGGGUUGCCACUGUUGAAGGUUGAGGUCGUCGAUCUACUUUCUGGAGGUGUGGAAGGGGAGAAACUGAGUUCGUCUGCUUUGAGGAAGCUUGAGGCAGAGCAAGCUGAACAAAGCGAAGCAAAAACUGCUAUCCAUGAAGCUUCUUAGGGAGGAAAAAAAAUAUGUGAAUUUGAUUAGAUGAAUGCAUAAACGAGGGGUGAUCUGCUCCAAGCUCACUGUCAACAAAAGGAUAAUAAGAGCUGACAGUUUGGUUACAUUCAGAAGCAAUGCCCAUGACCCUGUAACACUUUUACUCUAACGGUCUAACCUUAUAAAAUCAACCUGGCAACAUGUACUCUUUCUACUGACCAAAAUUACAGAUUUUGUAUCGGCAUUGCCUUCUGAAUGUAAAAGGGGAAAUCCCCUUGGGUGUUGUCGACAAUGGUGGCAAAACUACAGAUGAAUAUUGUUCACCUUAUGUUAUGUACUCAUGUGGUGUGUACUUCAUAAGAACUCAUGCAAAAUAAAAAAAAUCAUUAUACUCUUGGUCCCCCUA